UUUCCCGGUCCCGGCGUCGUCGUACGUGGGAUAGUAUUCAGAACGCAUUAAACAGUCGUUAUAGCAAGCUGCGCGCAAGUGUAUUCAGAGUUGCUUAGCUGAGAAGCGUUGGGCAUCUAAACCUUUUAGCAUCAGUAAUUUCAAGCACAUUGAACAAGGAUUUCGAAUAGUUCAUAGAUGAGAAGUAAACAAACUCAUUUGGUUUCGAACGCAGAUUUAAAAAACAAUAUCAAAAUUAUAAAAACUGUUUCCUUUGUUUGAUUUUAUCUAUAAGAAUGAAUUAAUGUUAUCUGGGGAAAGUGCAUCAGUUCGGGAUGAUUUUGUUUCGAGGCAAAAAUAGCUUUUUCAUUUAGAGAGUGCAAAUGUGGAAGUGCGAUUAACGAAAUGUUCAAAUUGGUAAAUGAUUACGUGACGGACAAAGAGUGAGUAAGUUAAACAACAACAGAAAAGUUCGGAGUAGUGUGGGAUGAGAAAAAAAUUAUUGCAUAAAUGCAACACCAUUUAAAAAUCGAAACGAAUAAUUAGCUUGAGAUUUUGAAGCAGUAGUGACAUGCGAUGAUGCGUUUAAGGAUGUCUCAUGCCAGCUUGAAUAAUUAUUUGGAUCAAAAAAUGGAUACUUUACAUGCCAUGUGGAGUAAAUCGAAACCUAAAGAUGAUAAAAGAACCUUGGAGAAGGAGGCCUUUUUCGAGAAAUUCGGCACACUGCUUAAAAAGCAAUCCAAUCAAUUUUUGCUGCAAACCAAGCGAGAAGUUACCCCUCUGGAUGAAUCUGCUGAGACCCACGAACUACUCGUUGGGGAGAAGUCGAAGCCGGUGGUUAAUCAAUCAUCUGGUACUGCUGAUGAUUCAAAGCAAGAUGUUCCUACAGUGCUGACCACCGAAGCAGUGCUACUUGGUUCUGAUGCAAUCGAAGAUCUAUACGAAAAAGUUCUUUUGGAGAUCAUCAAUGGCAAUUUUGAUAGUCAGGAACUUUCGGAAAAGACUCUGUUUUCGUAUGCGCAGGAUGUAUUCAAAAUGAACGAAAAAGCACAUGAAGAAAUUUUAAAACGUGCGCGAUUCAAACCAUCAUCUGAAGUGUAUCUGCGCGUUGAGGUAAUCGAGGCCAAACUACAAGAACGUUCCGAUGUGCAGGGUGGAAUCAAUCCGUUCGUAGUGAUGUACCUUCAAAGCACCCUUCCGGACAAAGUACGAAGUUCCAUCAAGGAAGAAACCACCAAUCCAGUUUGGAAAGAGUGCUUUACAUUGCCUACCAAUGCAAAUAACAAAGAAAAUCUUAUACUGGAAAUGUUCCACCAUGAGUGUAAUAUGAAAAAAAUAACCAAGACUAUCAAAGUUUGUAGGAAGUAUGCUCUUAGUUGCAUUAUGCCACGAUCCUCCUAUCAGAAAUUGAUUGGUAGAACAAGCAUUCCUAUUGAGUCCAUCAGUUCCUCCGGGUUGGUUAUGUGGUAUACAUUGAACAAGAAAAAGCGAACCGAACCACAAGGAACAGUUAAGCUCAAAUUCCACUUCAGCUCAGCACAAAACAAAGAAAAGGCGGCAGAAGAGCAUGAAAUACUUACGCGAAUUUUUCUUGAAUAUGAGCUAAGAAAUUCUAGUGUAGCCCGAUAUUGGUGGUCGGGUAAGUUCACGGCCGCAGGAGAAGCGAUACUCAAGCAACAUGCUCUUUGCGCAGAUUUAUGUGAGAUGCAAAAGACAUUAAUCUAUUGGAAUGCAUAUACAUCGAUACACAUCACCUAUCCAAUAGCGUUUAGCCUUUUUGAAAUUAUAUUGGGCAAGAUCUGGACGUUUAUUAAAAACGGGAGUCUCGACGAACCCAAAUUAAAAGCUUUUUGGUGUGGAGCAAAAAAAAUUCUUCCGUCAUGUUUUGCUGUCAUAAUGAAGCUUAGGAAACGCAUUGCCGGAGAUAAGGAUAUUGUCAAGACUGUAAUUUCUGUGCUGAAUAUUCUUUCUAUGGUGGAUAAUAUCAAGAGUACGUGUAGUAUAGAUCUUUUUUCUCCGGACGAUUACGAGUAUUUUAAAUACCGAAUCCAGCAAAAUCCUAACAUCACGAUACACGAAAUGAUACUACUGGCGGUUCAAAAGGGGGCAAAAAAUUGGUUUGAUGGGAGUGUAACCAAUACGACAAAAUCCACCUUUUCUGACGAGGAAAAGCUACGAAAUGCUAUUCAACUUAUUCAUCUGCUACAAAGUGAUAUCAUGCGAGCAACAACAUACUAUAAUAAUCCAUUUAAAAGUAUCAUGGAGGUUGAAUAUACUCGUGAACUAUGUAAACAACAUGAAGCGAGCAUCGUAAACCAUCUGAAACCAAUGGUGGAAAAAAUAUGCAAAAGUUUCAAAAAACUUACUAUUAGACUCGAUCAGCAUAAUCGAGUAGGGGAAAUGGAUUCGCUGGAUAUGAGCACCACUGUAUUCGAGUUAUAUAUAGUGAUGAAAUUGUUCCUUCAGGAAACGGACAAACAAUUAAAAGGAGCACACCACCCGGAUAUUGUAAAUUUCCAUAGGUGGUUUAGCGGCGGUAUCUCACAUUGGUGUGAAGUAUUCGCACUCAAAGCUUUAGCUAGGUUGAGUCAAGCGAUAGAAAUCGAUUUGCUGGUUGCAGAAAUUGGAAGUGAACCUAAACAAUCCUCUUCUGCGGCAGAAUUUUUGAACAUUGUUCAUCAACUGAAAGUAUUCUGGCAACAACUAAGCUGGCCGGAUCCAGAAGAGCUGAAUCGAUUUUUGAGGAAAAGUAUUGGGGACAUUUGCAGUUGCUGUGUAUACUACGCCGAUAGAAUAUCGACUAAACUCAAGCAACCUGAAGAUCAAGGUCGUCUCGAUAUGGCUAGUACAAUUGAACUAAUGGAAAAAUGUGCAUUAGUUAACUCUAACUUAUCGAUUCUAAUCGAGAUUGUAAGGAUGUUAGCUGUCGAUCUUGGUUACAGUCCCAAAGAAACUGAUGAAUCGCAGGACCAUAUGCUACCAAUCAAGGUGCUAAAUAGUUGGAAGACGAAAGUUUUAAAACUGCUAGUCAAUCAUUGCAUGUCGGUUAUAAAGAUUAGUAUGAUUGAUUCACUAAGCAGAUUGAAUCAGAUCAAAGACAUUAUUGAAAGCUUCACUAAACAAACAGCAUAUUUGAUGAUAAAUAGUUUAAAUAAUGAUGAUUUGAAGUUGGCAGAAAAAGACCUUUGGGAGACACUAACAACAGAACUUAAUGUUCUUCUAAAACGAAUGAUUGAUAGAAAGUCAACUUUAUUAUCGUUUGCCAAUCUAAAAGACUUUUAUGGAAUAAUCACUCAAGCGUAUCUGCGAGGACUUCAAAAUUUGCAUGAUGAGACGUUGGCAAAAAAACUGUUUAUAAUAGAGAAACAAUUGCAUUUGUAUAGUAGCAGCACUCGCGACCUGAUUCAUCAAUACUAUCUAGCUUGCUUGGAAGCUCAAAACCGUCUUGAUGAACCCGAACGAGGAAUAAUUACAGUACGAUGUUACAUUCGGAAUUACACACUAGAAAUACAAGUGAUUUCAGCGGAACAUAUUAAACUGCCCUUAGACUUCAAAGGGACUUGUGAUUCAUAUGUGAAGGUCAAUCUUGUGCCUGGGUACAAAUUUUCUAAUCUGCAAAUGCCAAAGACUCGUACAAAAUCUAAAAAUCAUUCACCAUCUUAUAACGAGAAAUUUAUGCUCAAGCUUACUGAAGAGCAGCUUAAAAUUCCAGACAUUUUGAUAGUAUUCAACGUAAAGGUAUCUGAAUUGCUGGGUCUAAGUCAAAGACAUGUCGGCGAGUGUUUUAUGAGAUUGGAUAGUAUUCCUACUGUGGAACCCGAUUUUGACAUAAACAAUAUCAACGUUCGACAGCUUUUUCUCACAUUGCCAGAGAAUAUCGAGUCAGACUGCAUUCCAGUACUCGAAUAUCGUCAAAACGACAAAGAAGCGACACAAUUCUUCAAAAAACUUAAACAGAAACUCGGCAAAGCAGCAUAUACUGGCAGUGCAAUAAGCAUUUAUUAACUUUGUUAACUGAAUGGAUUUCAAAUUUGGUUUUUGGAAUCUUAGAGAUAGAAAAUCUGAAAAUUGUGAUUUCUCAUAGAUAUUGCCAUUUCGAAUAUACUCAUCGUCAAUUUGCUUAUGCUACAAUUUUUUGUGGUAGUAUGAGUCACAAUAAAUAGGUUUACGAACGGCAAAAGGAGCUGGAUCCUUUUAGAAUAAAUAAUUUAACACGUGUUUAAUAAAAUAAAAAAAAUCAUGCAGAUAUUCCGGUGAAUUUUUGUUUACAGAGAUACAUAUUCCACAUAAUUUCCCUAAUCCAAGUAUCAUCAUCUAGAAGUUAUUCAUACCAUUUCAACUCAUCUCGGCCUGUAACGGAGUAUUAGCCAGGAGUGUUCGAUCAUGGUCAGAACUGGAAAAUAAUAUUGAUAGGAAAAUACAGACAUGAGUUUUCACGUAACUAGUUUA